AUGGGACCCAGUGGGACCCAGUGACACCCAAUGGGAGCCAGUGACACCCAGUGACGGGACCGCCCCCAGUGGGAGCCAGUGGGACCCAGUGACACCCAAUGGGAGUGAGUGACACCCAGUGGGACCCAGUGACGGGACUGCCCCCAUUGGGACCCAGUGACACCCAGUGGGACCCAGUGACACCCAAUGGGACCGAGUGACACCCAAUGGGACCCAGUGACACCCAGUGGGAGUGAGUUACACCCAAUGGGACCCAGUAGGAGUGAGUGACACCCAAUGGGAGUGAGUGACACCCAAUGGGACCCAGUGACACCCAAUGGGAUCCAAUUGGUACCAGUGACACCCAAUGGGACCCAGUUGGUACCAGUGACACCCGAUGGAAUCCAGUGGGACCAAUGGGAGUGAGUGACACCCAAUGGGAUCCAAAGACACCCAAUGGGACCCAGUGACACCCAAUGGGACCCAGUGACACCCAAUGGGAUCCAAUUGGUACCAGUGACACCCAAUGGGACCCAGUGACACCCAAUGGGAUCCAGUGACACCCAAUGGGACCCAGUGACACCCAAUGGGAUCCAAUUGGUACCAGUGACACCCAAUGGGACCCACUGACACCCAAUGGGAUCCAAUUGGUACCAGUGACACCCAAUGGAAUCCAGUGGGACCAAUGGAAGUCUGACGGCGCUGUGCCUGGGAACUACACAGUGACUGGGGAGAGCCCGUGCUGGGAGGGCGCGGCAUCGGCUCAGCAGUCCACCUGGGAGGGGGCGGCAAUGACCAAGCAUGGGGCGCACUGGCCGUGCCUCAGGCCCAGGAGGGAGACGCUGACCGUGACGGAGACGCCCAGGCGCUGUCACGCGCGGUCGGGGCACAGGUUCCGGGUCUGCCCGCCCCAGUGCCAGCCUUGGAGACUGGAAGUACCACCCUCCAUGCCCUGGUCCCACAUCAACCCAGGGGCUGUUCCCUUCACCGGAGCAGGCCGAACGGGAGAGCAUUCCCCUCGAACAAACGUAAAACGUCACAACGAGACGGACCAGGAGGGUCCGUGCUGUAAGCACUUCCUGUCGGAGGAAGCCAUGAUGGCUCACUUUAGACGCCUCAGUCUCAGUAACGAUCACGUUUACGGAACCAAUGGGCUCCCCAUCGCGACGGGAAAGGGCACCUCAGAGAGCGGGCACAGUGCCCACAGCCAGAACACCAGAGUUGACCCGGAGGGAGGCGGGGGCUGGAACUCCGAGGCGGGUGAAGGGAGAGACGUGAUCGUUGAGGGGAUGUUUGACAUGAGUGACAGCCACGUCAUCGUCAUGUCCCCCGAGCUGCAGAGGAGGUUACAGACCCCCCCGGACGAGAUCCUGCCCCGGAACAUUCUGGAAUCCAUAAAGCGACCCUGCAUGGAGAUCAUGUUGUGGACACCUCCCAGCUCCCUCCUCCAAGAGACCAUGUGGGCGCUGAGGCGAUCGGCGCGACGUUCAGAGGAGGACGACAAGGAGGGGGAGAGGACGUUGCCUCAGCAGCGGGACGACGAGAUGGAGCAGUGAGGGGAGAGAGACACACACAGAGAGAGCACGGAGCUCUGUCUGUCCCACUCCCCGCACUCUCGCCCUCCCUUCCCACCUUGUUUUGUCAGGAAGAUUGGUAGGCAGCCUCGGAAUAAACACAGCCAUUCGGACGGUU